AAUUUUUUUCAAGACCUGUUGCAUAAGAACAAAAAGAGAGAUACCAAUUUAAAAAUUUAUCGCGCCAUUUUUAUCACUGGCGAACGUCAAUUUUUGCACACUUUCUUUUUUUCCAAAUACACCCAUCCCACCAUCUACACACUAAAAAAAUGCAGCAACCUCUUGUGCUUUCUUCAGCUGUUGAAUUAAUUAAUUUUUUGCAUCUCGGAAGCUUAUAGAUGAACAUUAUUUGUCCAUAUCUCUAUACGUUUGAUAAGAAAUAUUUGUUUAUAAGCGCACCUUGAUAAGAAGCCUGCGGUGAGCGCGCACAAAGUUAAUUCAUUCAAUUUCUCUUGGUCUUCCAUUAUAUAAUUAUAUAAGAAAUGAAUACAAGCAACACUGAGAAAAUCUUCAUUUCGCCACUUGCUGCAGACCCAUCGGAGGUGCCAGAAAUAUCGAUUACUGACUAUUUAUUUGAGAGCUUGAAGAAAAAUGAUCGCCUCAAUAGCGAAAAACCCUGGGUGAUUGACGCUCACACCGGCGUGCAAGUUUUGUUCCGUCAAAUUGAGCCAGACUCGAAGAAAAUUGCAAGUGCAUUGGCUCGGCUCGGCUUUGAAAAAGGAGACGUUCUUCACUUUGUCACCUACGAGACGGCGCAACUUUAUUUGCUGCAAGUUGCAGUCUGGCGUCUGGGUGGCACAGUUAGAGGCUGUUAUCAGUUGGAAAACACAGAGGAGUACGUGAGGCAAUUGAAGGAAACUGGAGCACGGUUUAUUUUGGUUGAUGACGAAACGGAGGAAAUUUUGCAAAAAUCUGCCUCCCACCUUGAGUGGCCGGUCACUUUUUUUACGUUUGGGAAAUCAAUAAAUAUCACAUCAGUCAAAUCUCUUAUGGAUGAUGAUGGAACUGCUUGUCCUGAAAAUUUGAAAAUUAAUUGCAAAGAGGAUGUGAUUUUUAUUCCCAAUACAAGUGGAAGCACAGGCGUGCCAAAAGGCGUUCUGCACACCCAUUACUCCACAAUUGCCUUCAACCACCAUCCAAACUCUCUGGAACAUUUAAAUUAUGAUUUCAUGACCCCGAUGAGUAAUUUUGCAAUGGGCAGCUAUGUCGUGUCAAUUGCAAGUUUGCUGCGUGGCUCAACGAUUAUUCACCUGGGGAAAUUCCAGCGCGAGAAUUACAUAGCGAACAUGCUCAAAUUCAAACCUGGAAACUGCUUGAUGUACCCCUUUGUUGCAACUUGGUUUGCCAGAUGUGAAGAACUGGCGCAAACUGAUUUGAGCUUCGUAAAAAUAAUUACUGUUGGAGGCGGCGUUCUUGAUCCAACAACGGCCGAGUUACUCUCAAAAAAGAUGCCCUGUGCUAAGAUUGUUCGGGUUUAUGCCUCAUCUGAGACACUUGAUAUUGCUAACACGCUGAUUGAUAGUUCUCUGGAGAAGUUGAUUUUUGUAAAGUAUGAAGGUCAGUUGUGCAUAUCAUCAGGAAAAUUGCUGCCUAACGUUCAGGCCAAAAUAAUUGACUUCAGCGAUGGGCAAUCAUUAGAAGCAGACCAAGUCGGAGAGAUUUGCAUCCGGUCACCAUAUUUAAUGAAGGGCUACCUGUGUGCCAACUCCGAUUCAGGCAUACAAGUUACCAAAGAUGAAGAAGGUUGGCUGCACACUGGGGAUGUAGGAUUUUUUGAUACAGAGGGACGAAUCUUCAUUACCGAGAGACUUGGAUUUAUGUUCAAAUACUACAUGUUUAUUGUUUCUCCAACUGAAAUAGAGGCAGUGCUUCAAGAGCACCCUGGAGUCCAGUCGGUGGGGGUUGUGGGAGUUCCGAAUCCCUCGACAACUUGCUUGGCUCGAGCUUUUGUGGUGAAGCAGCCGGGUUUUGACGUCACCGAAGAAGAGCUCUGCGAAUUUGUGAAACAAAAACUUCCUGACUACAAACACCUUCAUGGUGGUGUUGAAUUUUUGGAAAAGCUGCCUGAGAGCAAAGGUAACAAGCUGGAUAGGGUUGCAUUGAAAAGAUUGGCCGAGAUUAAAAUUGUUUAACGAGGAAAAAAAAUAAAUCAAUUAAUUAUUUCUGUUUGUGAUAGAUAAACUCAUAAUGAUGUUUUAAAGAAAUAAAAAUUGAUAUAAUUUUUUUAUUCUCAAAA